CUUAACCUAGGGUAGUAGGUCCUGUCCGUUGUUUAGCUUAUCCCAACACAUAGUUUUAAUUUUCCAAUCAAUUCCAUCCAUCGGGUCUCUCUGUCUCUCUCGGAUCAUCAAAAUCAGAAAGAAUUGGGGGAAUGGAGAACAACCAGCAACAAGGCGCUCAAGCCCAAUCGGGACCGUACCCCGGCGGCGCCGGCGGAAGUGCAGGUGCAGGUGCAGGUGCAGGCGCGGCCCCGUUCCAGCACCUGCUCCAGCAGCAGCAGCAGCAGCUGCAGAUGUUCUGGUCGUACCAGCGGCAAGAGAUCGAGCACGUGAACGACUUCAAGAACCACCAGCUCCCCUUGGCCCGCAUCAAGAAGAUCAUGAAGGCCGACGAGGACGUCCGCAUGAUCUCCGCCGAGGCCCCCAUCCUCUUCGCCAAGGCCUGCGAGCUCUUCAUCCUCGAGCUCACCAUCCGCUCCUGGCUCCACGCCGACGAGAACAAGCGCCGCACCCUCCAGAAGAACGACAUCGCCGCCGCCAUCACUCGCACCGACAUUUUCGACUUCCUCGUCGACAUCGUCCCCCGCGACGAGAUCAAGGACGACGCCGCGCUCGUCGGGGCAACGGCCAGUGGGGUGCCUUACUACUACCCGCCCAUUGGCCAGCCUGCCGGGAUGAUGAUUGGCCGCCCCGCCGUCGAUCCCGCCACCGGAGUUUAUGUCCAGCCGCCCUCCCAGGCCUGGCAGUCCGUCUGGCAGUCCGCCGCCGAGGACACGCCCUACGGCACCGGUGCCCAGGGGAACCUUGAUGGCCAGAGCUGAGCGACAACCAUGCCGAAACGGACUGUCAGGAGUUAUGAAGAUUCUGAACUUGCUUGGAAUUUUGAUUGCUUGCAAUUUGGAAAUGGUUUUGUUAACUAAAUUUUUAUGGGAUGACACUAUGAACCUGUUAACUCGAUGAACAGCAUGAUUUAACUACUUCUGUACAAAAAUUUAAAACUAAACAAUGAUCCUUCUGUGUGAACUUGUUUGAUCAUCUGCUAAUACUAUUUAUUUCCUCGUAAGUAUCCC